AUGUCACUUCGAGCCUCCCAAUUUAAGGAUAAAGACUGCGCUGUCGGGAAUAUUAAUUCUCUUGAAGACUAUGAGUAUUUUUUUAAAAUCCCCCGUUCUCUUUUAGUUUUUUCUCCUUUCCUUUAUUUUAUCCUCCCUCCUCUAUCCCUUCCUUCUCACUCCUGCCCCUAUGUCGUUAGUUUGCAGUUUACGGUGGGUCGUAUUACUAGGUUCUUGAAGGCAGGCAAGUAUGUUGAGCGUGUUGGUCCCGGCGCUCCUGUCUACCUCGCUGCAGUUCUUGAAUAUAUUGCAGCUGAGGAUUGGCAUGAAAGCUCCAUGAAAUCCAUGUGGGACUUAGCAUGGCAACGUGAUUUUGGCAACUGGCUCACUGGUAAACUUUUUGGUGUCAAUUAUAUAAGCCUAUGAACGUAGACAAAUACUUUAGAUAUGAGAGUCAUAUAAUUAUUAUGUACCAAAGUGCAAAAUUGACCUUCUUUAUACAUGCUUGUAUCUUCAUUGUGGACAAAAGUGAUUAUCCAUCCAUCAUCUUCUACAUGACUGCCUUGUUUGGGAACUAA